UCAAAUGUCUCCUCUCAUAGCCGCCGCAAAAAAUUAGAAACUUUAUCAUAUCACCAAAACACAGACCAACCAAAUUCCAAAAGGUGAAGACAAAUUAACAUUUCUGAUAUCUCCUACAAAAACAACAACAACAACAACAACAACAACAUCAAUGGCGAUGGCGAGCAUUGCCCGUAGAAAAUCCACCCUUCUCUCGCGAAACCUCUACAACUCUUCCGAUUCUCUUCGCUACACACUUUCUCUCUCCUCCUUUUCCCGCUACUUCUCCACUGGAUCCGACGAAAACGAUGUUGUCGUCAUCGGCGGUGGACCUGGUGGUUACGUUGCCGCCAUUAAAGCUGCUCAACUUGGCCUCAAAACUACCUGUAUUGAGAAGCGUGGAACCCUAGGUGGUACUUGUCUUAAUGUUGGUUGUAUUCCUUCUAAGGCACUUCUUCAUUCAUCCCACAUGUAUCAUGAAGCAAAGCAUGCUUUUGCUGCCCAUGGUGUAAAGUGCUCUUCAGUGGAGGUUGAUUUGCCUGCCAUGAUGGGCCAGAAAGAUAAAGCUGUGUCCAAUUUGACCCGAGGUAUUGAGGGUUUGUUUAAGAAGAACAAAGUAACUUAUGUGAAAGGUUAUGGGAAAUUUGUUUCUCCUUCUGAAGUGUCAGUGGACACUAUUGAAGGCGGUAAUACCGUUGUGAAAGGCAAACAUAUUAUUGUGGCUACGGGGUCUGAUGUCAAGUCUCUACCUGGAGUCACAAUUGAUGAAACCAAAAUUGUAUCAUCAACUGGAGCUUUGGCUUUAAAAGAAAUCCCCAAGAGACUUGUGGUGAUAGGUGCUGGCUAUAUUGGCCUUGAGAUGGGUUCUGUGUGGGGUCGGAUUGGUUCAGAGGUUAUUGUUGUUGAAUUUGCUUCAGAUAUUGUUCCUACCAUGGAUGGUGAAAUACGCAAGCAAUUUCAACGUUCCCUUGAGAAACAAGGAAUGAAGUUCAAGCUAAAAACCAAAGUUGUUAGUGUAGACACCUCAGGAGAUGGUGUAAAGCUGACACUUGAGCCUGCAGCUGGUGGUGAGCAGACCAUUCUUGAAGCUGAUGUCGUUCUUGUUUCUGCUGGCAGAACCCCUUUCACAUCUGGGCUUGGGCUGGAAAAGAUUGGAGUAGAAAUGGACAAGGCUGGGCGGAUCUUGGUCGAUGAACGCUUUACUACAAAUGUUCCUGGAGUCCAUGCGAUUGGGGAUGUGAUUCCAGGCCCUAUGUUGGCCCACAAGGCAGAGGAGGACGGGGUUGCUUGUGUUGAGUUCAUUGCAGGAAAGGAAGGACAUGUAGACUAUGACUUGGUCCCUGGGGUUGUUUACACACACCCCGAGGUAGCUUCGGUAGGGAAGACUGAGGAGCAGGUGAAAACCCUUGGCGUUGAGUACCGUGUGGGUAAAUUUCCAUUCAUGGCAAACAGUAGAGCCAAGGCAAUUGACAACGCUGAAGGACUUGUCAAGAUCUUGGCUGAGAAAGAGUCUGACAAGAUUCUAGGUGUUCACAUUAUGUCCCCUAAUGCUGGUGAACUCAUCCAUGAAGCAGUUCUUGCAAUGCAUUAUGGGGCGUCAAGCGAGGAUAUCGCACGUACGUGCCAUGCACACCCAACCAUGAGUGAGGCUCUGAAGGAAGCUGCAAUGGCAACCUAUGACAAGCCCAUCCACAUUUAGUUUGCGUGACUCAAUCUGUUACCGCCGUCUGAAAUUUCUAAUUUCCAAGAUUUAUGAUGCCUUUGUGGCAGAAACAAUGAUAAAUUUUCUAUGCAAAGUAAUUACUCUGAUACAUGUUUUGUCAAUAUGCAUCUCAUUACUUUUGAUUUUGAGCUAUAAAAUCGAGCCGUAAAGUGGUUCAAUAAUUUUGCGUUGA